CGUUUACCCCCUUUUUUCCACAGGAAUUCGCCCCCCAGCUCCGCGUUCUUCUAAGGCCAAGGGUCCUGACUAUUCCCAUCGCUUUCUUUCUUCCAUAGACGCGUCCCCAAUCUCCCCCCCCCUUUGUUUAUAAACUAUGGCCAGUGUGUACACGUCAGAUAUAAAACAUUACCGCAGGGCCCCACCUCCUCCGGGCAGCCUGCUGGCCGGCACUUCUCUGCCGGGCAAUGCUCUGCCCACCACCACCACGGGGGCUCCUUCUGGUGGUCCUCUAGGCUUCAGUGCCGGUGUCAGUGGUCCCAUGGGUCCUGGGCCUAUAGGUCCUCCUUCCACAGGAUCUACAAUCAAUUCCUCCUCCUCCUCCUCCUCCAUUGUGGGUGGCACUGGUAUCCCUGGUCUAGGUCCAGCAGGGGGCCACAGCCAAGGCUCGAACCCCAGCUCUAAUGGCCACCGUCGUCAUCCGUCGUCGGGAGGUGGCAACAAUAACAACCUCUCCGAGCUUGCUGGACUGGUGCUGGCACCUCCACCACCACCUGCUGCCGCAGCUGGUGGCGCUGGUGGUGGCGUCAGACUCCCCUCCACCAAACGUCAGUCCGGCUGGGUCCACGUCAAAGACGACGGGAUCUUCACCUCCUUCCGAUGGAACAAACGAUACAUGGUGAUCAAUGACAAGACUCUCAAUUUUUACAAAAAUGAGCCCAUACAACACCAAAAUACCUUCCAUAUAGACCCCGUGACCGCGGCCGCUAACUCGCCCGACCUCUCUUUCCCCUUGAAUCAAGUCGGAUCGAUCAAUUUAAAGCCCAAUUCGGGAAACACAAAGACUCUGCAUACCUUGGAAAUCGUCCCCAAGGUUUCGGGGAAACCCAUCCUUAUCUCCGUCAAGCAUAACAAUGAUUAUUUGGAUUGGAUUGAUGCAUUUACUUUGAAAUGUCCCUUGAUAAAUAUUGGGAAUGUUGGUGGUUCAGGAAAUGGAGGAGGUUCUCUUUCUGGGGUUUCAAACCCAAUCAAUUUCACCCAUAAGGUUCAUGUUGGAUUUGAUCCAGCUCUGGGAAAUUUCACCGGUUUACCAGAUACUUGGAAAAAUUUAUUACAACAUUCUAAAAUUACAAAUGAAGAUUGGAAAAAGGAUCCAGUGGCAGUCAUUGAAGUUUUAGAAUUUUAUUCUGAACAAAAUGGACAAAAUGAUCAAAAUCAAAAUUCUACAACCAAUGCCUUACAAGAAUGGACAAGACAUCCAAAGGGAGGUAAUACCGUAGCAUCGAUUUCCGGAACAAAUUCCGGAGCAAAUUCCGCAAAUUCUGGCCCUUCUACUGUAAAUUCCACCUUUAAACCUUCAAGAGCAGCUCCAAAACCUCCAAUUCCAUAUCAUUUAUCACAACAAAAAUCACAAACAACCAAUGUUUCACCACUUCAAAAUCUUUUGAAGAAUUCUUCGCGUGAAAAGGAUGAUGAAUUGGUACCAGUUAGAAAGGCUCCACCACCUCCAGGAAGCACUUUACCAGGGGUUUCUGGAGCUUCUAGUGCGACUAAUUUGGUGGGAGGGACGACUAAUUCAACCUCUCGUCCAUAUCAAAAGCAAAACCAUUCUACAUCUGCAAUUCCAACUGGGUUGGGACUUUCUUCUACAAAACCACAACAACAACCGCCAUCGGUUCCAAGAAACGGACCCACUCCGGACUUGAAGGUUCAAACGGCGGUGUCUGGUUCAAAUGGAUCAAAUGGACCAGCUGGAUCUGUUUCUGGGCCAUCGAGUGCACCAGCAGCGGGACCAAGUUAUAUCAAGCCAUUUGGAUUGAAAUCAAGUCAACAACAAUAUCAAAAGGUUGGAGAAAAGAGUUUUAAUAUUAAGCCAAGACAGCCACCGCAGCAGCAGCAGCAGCAGCAACAACAGAAGCCGCAGGCUUCUCAACAUGCUUCUCCACAAUCUGCUCAACAUGCUUCUCCACAAUCUUCUCAACAAUCUUCUCAACAAUCUAUUCAACAAUCUACACAAUCUUCACAAUCUUCACAAUCAGAAAUUAAACCUUUACAACCACGUCAUCAAGAGGGAAGUAGACAACAAGGAAAUGUUCCUGGAACUUCAGUUGCUGCGGGUUCUGCUUCUAGUAAAACUCCACAUGCCAACGCUAGAGCCACCAAAAAGGAAAGGGAAAGACUUAAUGAUCUCCAAGUUUUAGCCAAACUUAAAACAGUUGUCAACAAUAAAGAUCCAACCCCACUCUUCAAAAUCCUUGAAAAGGCUGGACAAGGAGCCUCAGGGGCAGUUUACCUUGCCGAAUCACUCACCACGGGGAAUAACAAGGUUGCCAUCAAACAAAUGGAUCUUAAUGCCCAACCAAGAAAGGAACUUAUCAUCAAUGAAAUCUUGGUGAUGAAGGACUCUCAACAUAAAAACAUUGUCAAUUUCUUGGAUUCUUACUUGCGUGGGAACCUGGACUUGUGGGUGAUUAUGGAGUAUAUGGAAGGAGGAUCUCUUACCGAGGUUAUUGAAAACAAUGAAUUCAAGCUUAGUGAACGACAAAUCUCCACCAUUUGCUUUGAAACUUUGAAAGGUUUGCAACAUCUUCACAAGAAACAUAUUAUCCAUAGAGACAUCAAGUCGGACAAUGUGUUGUUAGAUUCCAAGGGUAAUGUCAAAAUCACCGAUUUUGGAUUUUGUGCCAAGCUCACCGAUCAACGGAACAAAAGAGCCACCAUGGUGGGGACUCCUUAUUGGAUGGCUCCCGAGGUGGUGAAACAGAAGGAAUACGAUGAAAAGGUGGAUGUAUGGUCCUUGGGGAUCAUGACGAUCGAGAUGAUUGAAGGAGAACCACCUUAUCUUAACGAGGAACCAUUGAAGGCUCUUUAUUUGAUUGCCACCAAUGGUACUCCAAAGUUGAAGAAGCCAGAGUUAUUGUCGAACUCUAUCAAGAAAUUCUUAUCGAUUUGCCUUUGUGUUGACGUUCGGUACAGAGCUCUGACGGACGAGUUGUUGCAACAUCUGUUCAUCCAACACAAGUCGGGCAAGGUUGAAGAGUUGGCUCCUUUGUUGGAAUGGAAGAAGAAUCCACGAGUAGAAGAGGACGAGUAGAGAGUUGUGUGUGAGAGAGAGGCCACCCUACGGGGUUGGCGAGACCCGCUCCGCUGGCACUCCGUGAGCCACUAGCCGUGGAGGCCUGGCUCCUCUGACGAGGAGAGAGAUAGAGAAUAGAGUAAGUAAGACGA